ACACGCUUUUUACGUGUGCUGAAUUGCGGCCAAAGUUUACUGUACAUAUCGAAAGCUUGAUUGUUCCGCAUUAUGCCUUAAAAACGAGACGCUACUCUUUCGGCUAAGAGAUGCUGCACGCUCCACCUCGAUAUCUUCAUCCUCCGAAGUAAUUAUUGGUGAAAUUUUACAAGGUCUGAAAGAUGCCCAAUCUAACAAACCCGGUGUCUUGUUUGCGACCUCAGCCAAGGCUGGGUGCGAAGUGGUUGAAAACUGACAUACAGACUGCCUUCUUGCCUGAUGGUUUAAAAAAGCUAUGGAAUGAGCUAGUUAAAGAUGGAGAAAUUGUGAGGAUGGCAUCUGAUGUAAAGAUGAACUGUGAUGGCAUUCCUGCUCAGAAAGGAGAAACAGGCAAAUUUUAUUGUGGUCGUUGUAUUCUUAAAUGUACUUGCUGUGAGGGUCAAUGUGGCCCUGACAAAGGUUGUAACUGUGAGCCUUGCCAGAAAUUGGACCAGGAAGACAGGGAGCAAAAAGAAGAGGAGGAGAGAGCCCCUCCUGCAGCAGGUCCCUUGAUGGACUCUUGGACCUGGGGAGAGCAACCAAACACUGAACAAUUAAAAGAAGUACUACAAGGACUUGUCUUUGAUCAAAGAAUGCUUGCAAGCCAAGCUGCAGGAACAACAUUGUCAGCAAUGAGACUUCAGCAGCGUUUAGCUGUGUUAGGGCGUUAUUUUAUCGCUCUUUCGAGGGAGCAAGCAUCCAAUGCAAUGAAGACCAGUAUUAAAAAGGGUGUGAAGAAGGAGAAACAAGAAACUGGUAAAAAGAGGAAGAAACGGGGCAGUGCUGAUACAGAACAGGCUUCACUGGGCCUUGCUAGAAUUGGUGCCAGGGCAGCAUUGUCAUUUGCAUUUGCUUUUCUACGUCGUGCCUGGCGAUCAGGUGAAGAUGCAGACUUGUGUCGUGAGCUUCUUGAUGAAGCAUUAGAGGCUUUGCAGUGUCUUCCAGAAGCAACUUUGUUUGAUGAAGCUUCCGUGUCUCCUGUUUGGUUAGAAGUGGUUGAACGGGCAACAAAGUUUUUACGAUCAGUUGUGGCAGGGAAAGGAAAUGAAGACAGAGUAUACUGCAAACCUCUUGAUUCUGUUCCUGUAUCCGAUCAACAUGUGGCUCUGGGGAUCCUUUUAGAACUUGGUGUACAGCGAGGCACCCUACAGCACAUGUUGGAAGUCAUCUUGUUGCUGUUGGAGCUGUGGGAUAGUGGACAAGAUAAUGACACCGACUCUUGUUUCACAUCAGCUCCUUUAAUUCAUUUAUUGAGACGGUUUGAGGAAGUAACAGGUGCUUCUCAUAAGGCACUGGAACCAAAUAAGUUGGCAGAAGAGGUUAUGUCAUCCAGUGUACCCAAAGUGAGCCCAACUGAGUCAUUCUUACGCUACCUGGCUCUUCCUGAAGACGAAGCAGAGUUUGUUGAGCUGCAGCAUUGUGCUGUUGUAUUGGUAUCACACUUGGAUAGGUUGGCUGCUCCGUAUCUGCCACUUUCUUCAAAUCAAAAGACUCCCAGUAUUGGCCUUGUUCAAGAAGUCUUAGGAUGGGGCUGGCUAUCAUGGGGAAAUGCUGGUCACACCUUGGGUCCUACAACCUUGGGUAGCCUUGUGGAAAUUGGAAUAGCUCAGAUCUGUUGUGCUGAAAAGUGUUUUCUUGCAGUUACCAAAACUGGCAAGGUUUACACUUGUCUGUACACUACAGAGGGACAGGGUCCAGUGCUUAUUGAAUCUCUUGCUCACAAGUGUGAAAUAAUCAAAAUUGCAACAAAUCCGGAAUGUAAACAUUUCAUGGCUCUGAGCAGAGAGGGUGAAGUCUACUCCUGGGGAUCUGGGGAUGGUGGCAAGUUAGGUCACGGAGACAAUAAUUUCUAUGACGAGCCAACCCUGAUCACUGGUCUUGCUGGCAAGCAAGUCAUCCAGAUUGCUUGCGGAAGUAGUCACAGUGCUGCUGUAACAUCUGAAGGAGAGCUCUACACUUGGGGCCGAGGCAACUAUGGAAGGCUAGGGCACGGAAGUAGCGAAGACCACCUUGUUCCUGUGUUGGUAAAUGGUUUACGUGGAUACCACAUCAUAGAUGUUGCCUGUGGGAGUGGUGAUGCACACAGCUUAGCUGUAGCUGAUGACGGCACUGUUUGGUCUUGGGGAGACGGAGACUAUGGUAAACUUGGUCACGGAGGAAGUGAUGGUUACAAAGCCCCUAAAGUUAUUGACAAAUUGCAGAGUCUUGGUGUGGUGCGGGUAUUCUGUGGAUCACAGUUUUCAGUAGCACUCACACGAGAUGGACAGCUGUUGGCUUGGGGCAAAGGGGAUGGAAGUCGCCUUGGUCAUGUGACAGAGGAUCACGUGCGCUAUCCAAAAGUCAUUGAAGCAUUUUGUGGAAAGAAGAUAAUUGACUUUGCUGUUGGCUCAGUCCACUGCCUGGCAGUGACGGAAGACGGUGAAGUGUACAGCUGGGGAUGGAAUGAACAGGGACAACUGGGUGACACCUCCUGCAUGAACAAAGCUGAGCCUACUCUCAUAUCAUCCUUAGCUGGCAAGGAGAUCACAGGGGUGGCUUGUGGUCCUGCACAGAGUUUUGCUUGGUCAUCCGCUGGACACUGGAAUGUAGGGUUGCGUCUUCCUUUUUGCCUGGAUGUAUGUAAGAAGACAUUCGAAUACUUGGAUGCACUGCUAAGACGUGUAAGUGAAGACCUGACAGGCGCCCUCGACUGGCCCCCUCCCCCACAGGAGAAAGAAUGCAUUGCUGUUGCGACAUUGAAUUUAUUGAGACUUCAGCUUCACGCCGCCAUCACGGGAAAUGUAGAUGCUGAUGAUUUAGGGCUGGGAGUAGGGAGUAAGCUGCUGCAGUCACUAAAGCAACAAGUAGUGUCACUGGCCAGCAACAAAGGAGUGCUCAAGACUGUACAGGCAGCAGCUCAAGGAGCUCUGAGCAAUGGAUGGGUUCUGUUGUUGCCCACGCCAGAGGAAAGAGCGAGGGCUUUGACAGAGCUCUUGAUUGAAACUUGUGACAAGCCGACCUCUUCACCAGCUGGGAAGAAGUUCAUGUUGGAUCUUUUAAUCAAGAGUUUGAUGGCAGAGGGGAGCCUUGAGUCGGCUCUGGAGACAACUAUUGACAGUGAAAUUAAAGGUGGCGCUGGGGAGAAUGACAAAGAGAAAACAACAGAAAGCAAAGAUAAAAUUGCUGAUGUUCCUCUUCUUCAUCUGGCCCAGCAUCUGCUGAAGACAUCAUCAGCACAGGUGCUGGGUGAAUUUCAACAAUUGUUUCUGAAGCCACCAAAGUUACAGUGGCCUUACACCCCUCCGCCCCGACCCAUGACAGUAGAGCUACUACUCAAGUUACAGAGGCUUCUUAUCGGGAGCUUUUUCUUGUAUCAUGAGGAUGAACGACCCUGGUAUUUGGUGAAAGGUGAGGAGAGAGACCUCAGUACUAAGCAACAAGGUGCUGCAUUGCUUCUUCACAAGUAUGCUUCCUUGCUUUGCUCCCAUGCUGGUGAAAUCCUUCCAGUAGCCUCAUCCCUGGCAUCCAAUGGCCCACGCCAUUUCGUAGUCUCUUCCCAAAUAUUGCAACGAGAGAUGACAGGAGUUUUACUGCCUGAAUUUUUGACGUCGAUGGUUCUUCUACAAACUUGCAUGCCAAGUGUCAUGGACUCGUCCAGAACUGUACCACUGGUGGGUGGUCUGUUGGACUUGUUGGACAAGUUUAACCGGCUCGCUCCCGGUGUACAGAAAGAGGACGAGGAGGACCUAGCCUGGCCGGGUGGGAUCGGCAGUCCCACUCCAGCUCGGCGGAAAGCUGAUGGUGAUGUCACUUUUAUUAGGCCGGAAGAUUUAGACAAUCAUAACAAAGAUGGCGGACUUUGGGUUGUUAUUCAUGGCAAAGUUUAUGAUCUUCAAGAUUUUAAGGAUCAGGCACCCUGCGGGAAAGAACUGCUGCAAUCUUAUGCAGCUGCUGAUGCAACUCAAAUUUUUGAGGAGACUAAACAUUCUGUCGAGGCAAGGGAAAUGAUGCAAGCAUUCUUUGUUGGUAUUUUUGUGGAGCCUGAUCAAGAGCUAGCGCUGGACAGUGCGUUGUCUGUGUCGUCUCCUUUGAUUGACUGUGAGCGUACGUUGGGUCUCUUACUGGGUCUUUACGCCUGUCAUCUGGCACACAGCACUCCUGUUAGUGCAGUAGAAGAGGAAAAUGAGAGAUGGCUGGCCUCUGAUUUCUUCUCGGGUGGAAUGGCGGCGUCAGCUGAACUAGGUGGCAAUGUUGGAAGGAAAGAAAAGGAGUCUUCAGAAGACAAGCAGGAACCUUUUACGCGUCAAAUAUCAAAUAGUGAUCCGGCCAAACCUUUCCUGCAGUCUCUCACUUCCAGCAAGUUAGAAGAUGGAACAGCUUUGAAAUUCCUUGCUGCCGUUGAACGGUUUUGUAAGCAGAAGCGUUUUAUAUUGCCAGUUGAAUUCCCAGCUGAUCACCCGGUAGAGAAAGUGGGAAGAAUGUUGAUGGCUUGCCUCUUAAAACACCAAGAGCUUGGUAAUGCAGCUUUAAGCAUCAUAGAGGGUGAGAGUUCCUCUCCACCCUCACCUCACUCAUCAUCAGGUCAAGACAUAGCCUCUGGUCCUCCACAGAGCCCAUCUACACACUCACCUGUUGUUACGGUGCCAAGACCUGUCGCUGAAGUCCUUAAAAUUGUGUAUCAGACCAAGUGCGCCCUUGUUAGGGCAAGACAAGAAUCAUCUCGCUCUUAUGAGGAAGUCUGCUCCCCAGCCCUGGAGAGAUGCCAGUUCAUUUUCACUGAUCUACACCCUGCCAUGUCCAGUGAGGUGUCCACACUUUCUCGUCUCAGGAUACGGAGCACUCGGCCUAGGUGGGCUAGGAUUGUGCAACAAAUGAUUAAAGAAAAGACGUCUGAGAGAAAAGAUGAACCUGUCGUGAGCGAAGGAGGAGAUUUUGUCCGUUCAGAUGAGGAUCAUUCUGAAGAAAAAGCUUUGAAAGAGAAAGAGAAUUUGGAACAGAAGGCAAAACAGAAAAUUGACCACACCGCCCUCAAUACGUCGUUGACCAGUGCGCGCAAGGUAAAGUGGCUCCGUGAGCGAAUGAUAGGUUCGUCUACGGAGACUUUGUUGAUGAACCGCAUAAAGGAGUUUAUUCUUCACGAUGAGCCAAUAGAUGUGGAGAAGCUGCGCAAAUGUCUUCAUAGACAGAUGGAGAGGGGCCAGCGCAGAUUAGAAGGAGCAGAAACACUGCUGUCUCUUGUAUCCAAAGAAUAUUUCAUCCCUUCUGUUCGAUACUCAAUCUUGUGCGGAUGGCAAGGUCUCCUGUCCACUCACACGCAAGCGCACAAUUCCGUUCCUCACUGCCUAGCUGAUGUCGGUCUCAUCCAGCCAUAUGAUCGCGUUAUUUUAGAAACAGCUUUCCGUAGAAUUAACAGUUGGGCCAUCAAAACUUUGCGGGAAGCGAUCAUCUAUGCCAAUGACACCUUUAAGAAAGCUGAAGCAAGUCCUAACACUACCCCAGACGAUUUUCACGGUGGUCUGUCUUUAGGUGCUUUGCCUGUAGCACGGUUUCUUCUGGCAACCUUGGGUAUCCUGACCGCAGAACACAACGCGAGUGACAUGAGUCUGAUAUUGAACUCAGGUGCUGUUGGUCUGGCGCAAACCAUUAUGCGCUUAGCAGGGCCUUGUGAAGCUACCGGAGAAGAGGACGCCAGUCUGGCUGCUAUCAUUGAUGAGGCGAAGGCAGCAAAGAAGGCCCCCAUCAUACCAAUGACAGGACCGGAUAUGGCGAAGAGAAUGAAGAUAGGAACAAGGGUGGUGAGAGGCCCAGAUUGGAAGUGGGGUGAUCAGGAUGGACCUCCGCCAAGCGAGGGCCGUGUUAUAGGAGAGCUGGGAGAGGAUGGCUGGGUGCGCAUUCAAUGGGACACCGGUAGUACCAAUUCCUACCGAAUGGGCAAAGAAGGAAAGUUUGACUUGAAGCUAGCGGGGCCCCCUCCUGCCCCAGAGAGCAGUGAAGAAGAGGAAGAGGAAAUUAAAGAUGCUUCAAAGAAAGAGAAGACAGAAAUCCAGUCCACCCAUCCUACUGCUUUAAUUCGCCACUCUUGCGUUUGUUUAUUACAAGCCCUAGCAAUAGGCUGUGGUCUCCAUGCCAACAGCUUACAGGUCGAGAGUGUCAGAACAGUCAGCAGUCUUCUGCAUAAUCUCCUUGAUGCAGGCACAAGCGUAGGCACAUCAACAAGUGGUCAAAGUGAUGAUAUUUUGGUUGCACAGCAACAUAGAGAUUGGGCCAAGCUUGGUUUUAUACGGGGUAUUGCAGUAUCACCUGUCAUGUGCUGUUCCCUCAGUACCCCCCAGUGGGUGUCUCUUCUCCUCAGGGUGGUGAAGGGAUCGCUGCCUGAUGGAGACUUACCUCCUUCUAAUGUGUCUGCCGCCCCUCUGCCCCGUCAGAUCUUGGCUUUGCGUUUGUUAAGAGCUGUUUUACCCUCGUGGGAUGUGACUAAAGCAUCGUGCAGAAUGUCAGAAGUGGUGGCUAGACUUUUCGCUCUACUUGGAAAAGUAUUGAUGACUUGCCAUGGAAGCCUCCCGGUCCAACCACCAACUGGAGAAAAAAGUCGUCGAAGUAGACGCAAGCCAAGAAUCCCAGCCUCAGUGUCGGCCACUUACAGCAGCACUGUUGCAGAGGAGUUACUCGCCCUCCUACGGAAGCUUCAUACUCUUGAGGCCUGGAAUCCACUUGUUAAUGAGUUCAUAAGCGCUCAAUUGAAGAGUAUUGUUACUAUGGUAACGUUGGCUGAGCCAGUUCAAGAAGAUGGAGAGACGCAGGAACUAGAGGGCUCUUCACCACAGUCUAUUGACCAGGGCCCGGUAAUGGCCGUGUUAGCAGUUAUUGGUGGCGUGGAUAACAGGCCUAGAUUGGGAGGACUGGUGCAUCACAAGGAGUGGGGACUGGGAACAGUGUGUAAGAUCGCUCCGAAUGGAAAAGUGACCCUACAAUGUGAAGGCCAACAGAAAGCAAGAAUAUGCUCGAUAUCACAAGUCAAACCGGUGCCAGUCGUUCCAUUUUCCGUGGAUAAUCUUCCAAUGUCGGAUGCAGCUCUGGGAAUCUGGGCAUCACUUGUGCGACUGGCGGGCACUGGUGAAAAGACCACUGGUACGGCGGACCAAGAAAACUUUCAGCUACCAGCAGUGCCAGGAGAGGAGGGGGUGGGGACAGCAAGAUGCCCUCCGGUUAGACCACUGCUCUCCCCUAGAACAGGAGGCCAAGAAGUGGACACAUCGCUGCUGAGACAACAGCAGAUAACCUUGGGACUCCUCAAAGCUGCUCGUGUGUUGUGCAGUAGGCAAGAUAACCUGAGACAGAUUCUGAACCAUCAAGCAAACAGCUCUGACAGCAGCAGCACCUUCUCCUUACAGCAUUUGAUGUGUUCAGCCAUUAAACCAUCACCUGUGAAGGCACUCUUCAACCGGGAAGAGUUAGAGGCCGCUGCUCUCGCUGCUUGUCAAUUCCUCACUAACGAGGCCAGCCGUCCAGCUGAGCCUCCUACUCCGGCCACGGUAGAACGUGUGGAUCGGCCCGAGCAGGAAAAGCCUCAGCCCCAGACCACCUCUAAGAAACCUCCAAAGACAAAACAUCUACAAAAAAAGAAGACUCGCACACGAAGACCGACCCCACCCCCCAUGCCAGCUCCACCGUUAGUCCAGCAGCUGGUGGAAAUGGGAUUUCCCAGAAGUAGGACAGAGUAUGCGUUGAAGGAGCUUGGGGACGAAGAGGAACCUCGGGCCGAAUUGGUUGUCGCUUGGCUGAUUGAUCAUCCUGAUAUCGAGGUGCCAGAAGAUGAAACACGGCGUGUUGUGCCACCCGAGUUGUCAUCUAGUGAGGAAUCCUCUGACGUGGAUGAUGACGACAGCGAUGUUGUAAGCAGCUCCGAUUCGGAAAGUAGCUUAAGUGACGGGGAGGCCAUUGCUGUACCCACUGAUUUCAAGAGACGCAGCGAUUUCACCGCCAACGAUGAUUACGCAAGGUAUGUGCGUGAUAACAUCCAGGUCGGUAUGAUGGUUCGAUGCUGCAGGACAUACGAGGAAGUCCACGAAGGCGACAUUGGUCGGGUAAUAAAGCUUGAUCGUGAUGGGCUCCACGAUCUGAACGUACAAGGAGACUGGCAGAAAAAGAAUGGUACCUACUGGGUCAGAUACGUGCACGUCGAGCUGUUAGGUCACGACUCCUUUGCCCGACGUGAAAUGAUCAAAGUGGGUGAUAGGGUACGUGUGAAACCUUCCGUAACCACACCCAAGUACAAAUGGGGAUCCGUUAACCACGGAAGUGUAGGCACGGUGGUGUCAAUCAGUCCUAAUGGGAAAGAUGUCAAGGUGGACUUUCCUCAACAAACCAACUGGACUGGACUGAUUUCUGAGAUGGAGGUGGUACCCGCUACUCAUCCUCGCACCAGGUGCGAUGGCUGUCACAUGGAACCCAUUGAAGGUUCCCGCUUUAAAUGUAAGACCUGUCCAAACUUCAACUACUGCGAGACAUGCUUCAGACUUCGCCGCAGCCACCGGCAUUCCUUCCACCGUUUUGAAGAACCAAGCAGCAUCCCGGUGAAUGCUGGGAAGUCUGGCCGAGGGAAAAAGAAAAUUAUGUCUGGUGGCUUGGGAGGACCGGAGCACAUAGUGAAAGAAUGGGACCGAGUGGUAAAGAGUCUCAUGGUGUCGUCACGGGAGACUCACGCUGGACGACUGAUUGACGGUACAGAAUCUUAUUGGCAAUCAGCGGGGUCACAAGGGAAGCACUGGAUAAGAAUCGAGUUGUAUCCCGAUCUGCUAAUCCAGCGGUUGACCAUGACAGUGGAUCCUUCAGACAGUAGUUACAUGCCGUCCGUGGUGGUAGUAUCAGCUGGCGACAGUAUCCAGUCUUUGAAAGAAGUUAAGACUGUACACAUCAGUGCUACUGAGUCACUGUGUACUUUGCUGGAAGAUGUGCAGAGGGAAUAUCGUUUUCUGGAAAUCGGAAUUCGGCAAUGUAAGAGUAGCGGUAUCGAUUGCAAGAUUCACGGCAUUAGCCUGACGGCUCGCACUAAGACAGACGAAGACGACAUAGCGGCAAGCUUUUCAUUCCUGGCGUUAGACGAAGAGGACGAAGCAGCCAGACAGAGGAGAGCGCUCAGAAGGAAGCCGACAACAACUGAGUCUACCCCUGAGGGGCAAGUCAAUAUGUUCGUGUGGGGUCUUAAUGAUAAAGAUCAGCUGGGAGGGCUGAAAGGUUCCAAGAUAAAAAUACCAAUGCUCUCUGAUGUGAUGUCUGCUCUCAAAGUUCAACAAGUCAGCGGAGGCUCAAAGAGUUUAUUCGCUGUCACUCUAGAAGGAAAAGUGUUUGCGUGCGGUGAAUCUACCAACGGCCGCCUAGGGCUAGGCCCCAUCACUGGCAACGUGCUAGUGCCUCGACAGAUUGAAGGCCUUAGCCAGUUUGUAGUAAAGAAGGUGUCGGUGCAUUCUGGAGGUCGUCAUGCUAUGGCCAUCACUAUUGAGGGCAAGCUGUUCUCGUGGGGGGAGGGAGAGGAUGGGAAACUUGGACAUGGAAACAAAAUGAACUUCGACCGCCCACAACUGGUUGAAACCCUUAAGACCAAGUCUGUUCAGGAAAUCUCUUGCGGCAGCUCACACAGUGCAGCAGUCUUGUCCACUGGGGAGCUCUACACUUGGGGCCUGGGCGAAUACGGCCGGCUAGGGCAUGGAGACUACCAGACGCAACUCAGACCAAAACAAGUACGUGCCUUGAGCGGUAUUCAUGCGAUAGAUGUCGCCUGUGGCAGUCGUGAUGCUCAGACACUCGCACUCACAGACGAUGGUUGUGUUUGGUCGUGGGGAGAUGGAGACUUCGGAAAGCUGGGGAGAGGCGGAAGUGAGGGUUGCAGUGUACCUCAUGUGGUGGAGAGGCUCAAAGGCCAGGGAGUGUGUAAAGUGUUAUGUGGAGCCCAGUUCUCUCUUGCUCUUACAAAACUGGGCCAAGUGUGGACUUGGGGUAAAGGAGACUAUUUUCGCCUGGGGCAUGGUAAUGACUCUCAUAUUCGGAAGCCUCAGGUUGUGGAGGGACUCAAAGGUCAUAAGGUGGUAGAUGUAGCUGUAGGAGCGUUACACUGCUUAGCUGUGACGGAACAAGGCAAGGUUUUCGCCUGGGGCGACAACGAUCAUGGCCAACAGGGCAAUGGCACAACCACUGUCAAUCGCCGCCCACAGUUAGUCCAAGGUCUGGAUGAAUUCAAAAUUACUCGUGUAGCUUGUGGCUCCUCGCACAGCAUGGCCUGGGCCGAGUCGGACUUCCCUGCACCGGUAGCGCACGAACCUGUGAUGUUCCCCGCGUCCCGUGAUCCACUGGGGGCGUCAAAUAUUGGUCCAGAAUCUCAGGAGCAGAGUAAUUCCACAGAGGCCGAAACUAACGAGUACGGGGAGCACAGGCACAGACCUUCUUUAGCGAAAAUUGUGCUCUCGCUCAAUUCAAAUUAUGAACGACAGCAAGCGUUAGGCCACAUCUUAACUGCUCUCCAAAUUAUCUACUCACGUGAUGCAGUGGUACGCGCCCUUUUGGAUCCUCAUUCUCUUAUUCGGGGCGAUCCCACGUCGGUAGAAGCAGACGAUGAAGAAGCGGUAUCUCUAGCUUCUGUUUCGGAAAUGUCUAUCGACGACAUUGCGUUGCCUGAAGUAGUAAGUGGAGGUGUUUCUCGGACGUCUUUUAUCGAAGAGUUUGGUGAAUUCACUACCAGUCUGGGACAUGAUGACUCUCGGCUUCUUGUGGAGCUAUUGAAACUUGCUGUUGCAGAUAGAGCCGGUGAAAAUGGCAAAGAAGUGUUGUCAGGGGUGCUGAGGGCGUUGGCUGAAACCAAACCAGAAAUUGCGUCCAUGCUUCUGGAAUUAUGCAUCUCUGAACUCGAGGAUGUUGCCACGGAUAACAGCAGUGUCCACAGCGGCUUCCAACCGGUGGUACAAGAGAGUAGUCAUCCAUAUAUUGAUGAUACUAAUACCUCAGGAGUGGUCAAGAUACCAGGAGCGGAGGGGCUGAGGGUGGAGUUUGACAAACAGUGUUCCACAGAGAGAAGGCAUGAUCCCCUUACCAUCAUGGAUAGUACUGGUCGGGUAGUCUCGGUCCGUUCUGGACGCGAGUGGUCCGAUUGGUCGAGCGAGUUACGCAUGAGUGGUGACGAACUGCGUUGGAAAUUUAUGAGUGACAGCUCAGUGAAUGGAUGGGGCUGGAAGUUUACGGUGUACCCUAUUCCCCCGGCCGCGGCGCCUUGCGACGUGUUAUCAGACAGAGCGCUACAGUCGAGACCGUCUAUAGACUUGGUGCGCUGUCUCCUGGACUUCAAACUAGAAACACUAGGAGAAAAGGCUCAAAUUCCUCGCCUAGCCGCAUCUUUAUCCGCAUGCGCUCAACUGAACACUCUCUCAGCUGGUCAAAGAACGUGGGCUCUGCAUCGCUUAAGAAAACUUCUUAUGUCAGAAGUAGGUCCGGUCAUUGAUGUUCCUGCCCUGUUUGGUUACAAUCUGAUGUACGACCAACCUAUUGUCCAAAUGAAGAACACUGGUAACCAGCGAAUGAGCGCGGGCAUCGCCUCCUCGGCUUUAGGAAAGCUUGUGCGAGGUCUUCCAGACACGUUAAGAAGACAAUAUGAAUACGAAGAACCACUAGUUCGAGGUGGAAAGCACCUUUUUCACAGCGACUUCUUUAAAGUUCUUGUGGCCUUUGCAUGUGAUCUUACCCUAGACUUUUUACCAUGUUGUGCCGAUGGGCACGAGUGGGCCUGGUUUCGACGCUUUUGCAUGGCCUCUCGGGUGGCGUCUUCACUGGAAUUAAGGUCACCCUUGCCGUAUGACUUCUUGACGGAAGUGGGAGAGAAAAUAACAGAAAUGGUGCUGGAAACAACUCAGGACUGUAUAGUAGAGUACAAUGAUCAUAAGGUGUUUAAAAAGGAACACGACGAACAGUUGCUUUUGUGGCUCAAUCAGCGACCAUCUGAUUGGACGGUUACCUGGGGCGGCAGUGGAACUAUUUACGGUUGGGGUCAUAACCACCGUGGACAGCUGGGUGGUAUUGAAGGUGGCAAAGUCAAGUUCCCUCAACCAUGUGAAGCACUCAGUGCUAUCCGGCCUGUGCAGAUUGUUGGAGGUGAACAGACUCUGUUUGCCGUGACAGCAGAGGGAAAGGUCUAUGCGACAGGAUACGGUCAUGGUGGGCGUCUUGGUCUCGGUGGAACAGAAACGGUAACGUCAGUGCGACUUAUCGAAUCGCUCCAGCACGUGGUCAUUAAGAAGGUUUCUGUGCAUUCUGGGGGAAAACACGCUAUGGCUCUUUCCCAAGACGGUGACGUGUACUCUUGGGGAGAAGGGGACGACGGGAAACUUGGACAUGGUAAUCGGAACUCAUGUGAUCGCCCUCGAGUCAUAGAAGCCCUGCGUGGCAAAUCUAUCGUUGACAUUGCUUGCGGUGGCUCACACAGCGCCUGCAUCACAACCUCUGGGGAGCUGUACACUUGGGGCAAGGGCCGUUACGGACGGCUUGGCCAUGGUGACAGCGAUGACCAGCUGCUACCGAAACUAGUGGAAGCGUUACGUGGCCAACGUGUCAUAGACGUAGCAUGCGGAAGCGGUGAUGCGCAGACACUGUGUCUUACUGAUAACGACUGUGUGUGGUCCUGGGGUGACGGAGAUUACGGAAAGCUAGGUCGGGGAGGUAGUGACGGCUGUAAGAUCCCGAUGAAGGUAGAGGCGCUGAUGCGAGCUGGCGUGUGUAAAGUUGAGUGUGGAUCACAGUUCUCUGUGGCUCUGACAAAGUCUGGUGCUGUUUACACAUGGGGUAAAGGUGACUAUUACCGUCUUGGGCAUGGCUCAGAUGAUCAUGUGAGACGUCCCAAGAGAGUAGCAGCCCUGCAAAACAAGAAAGUAGUUGCUAUAGCAACGGGUUCGCUGCACUGCGUGGCAUGCACGGACACGGGAGAAGUCUACACGUGGGGUGAUAAUGACGAAGGUCAGCUGGGAGAUGGAUCAACCAAUGCCAUUCAGAGACCGCGCUUGGUAACAGCUCUACAGGGAAAACAGACAAACCGGGUUGCUUGUGGUUCUGCUCAUACGAUCGCCUGGUCCACUACGAAACCCGCCAAUGCCGGCCGCCUUCCAAAGGAAGUUCCUAUGGAAUUUAACCAUCUACAGCAUAUCCCCUUGGGGGCCUUGAGAAAUCGUCUCAUGCUUCUUCAUCACUUCUCCGAGCUUGUGUGUUCUUCUAUCGCUUUAUUUGAUCUUCAACCCCGUUUGAAAGAACCCAUAGGUCAAGGAACCUCUGUGGCCCUGGAUGCUCUUCGAGGUGUCCUAAUACCAUCUGGGAAGGAGGCUGCUUUUCGUAAGGUUGUUCAAACAACUAUGGUCCGUGACCGGCAACAUGGUCCUGUGAUAGAACUGAACAGAAUACAGAUCAAGAAGUACCGCUCCAAAGGUGGACUGACAGGUCCAGACGGCUCCAAGUCGGUAUUUGGUCAAGCUUGUUCUAAAAUGAGUAACUUCGGUCCUGACAGCCUGUACCUUCCGCACCGUGUGUGGAAAGUCAAGUUUAUCGGCGAGAGCGUGGAUGACUGUGGCGGAGGUUACUCUGAAUCCAUCGCAGAGAUGUGUGACGAGCUCCAGAAUGGCUCCCUCCCCUUGUUGAUUGUGACGCCAAACGGACGUGAAGAGUCUGGAGCUAAUCGCGACUGCUUUAUCCUCAACCCGGAUGCUGCUACUCCCGUUCAUCUGAAUAUGUUCAAAUUCUUGGGAGUGUUGAUUGGUAUUGCGAUCCGGACGGGAAGUCCGCUGAGUUUGAAUCUCGCUGAACCUGUUUGGCAGCAAUUGGCAGGGAUGUCUUUGCGAGUGACUGACUUGGCUGAAAUCGACAAGGAUUACGUUCCAGGUCUUAUGUGCAUCCGGGAUAUGGAGCGCGAGGCUUUUGAAGCCAUGGAAAUGCCAUUUAGUACUCCCAGCGCCAGCGGUCAUGAGGUACAGCUGCAUAACAAGAUUAAGUGCAUCACGCUGGACAACAGAGAGGAAUAUGUCAGGCUCGCUCUACAUUACCGCUUGCACGAGUUUGAUCUGCAGGUAUCUGCAGUUCGAGCAGGCAUGGCACGAGUGGUUCCAGUUCCUUUGCUGUCAUUGUUCACUGGUCCAGAAUUGGAGACAAUGGUUUGCGGCAGUCCCGACAUUCCUCUGGACCUGUUAAAGUCCGUGGUGACGUAUAAAGGCGUGGAAGCUAAUGCACCAUUGGUUCGUUGGUUCUGGGAGACACUGGAGAGUUUCUCGAAUGCUGAACGCUCUUUGUUCCUCCGGUUUGUUUGGGGGCGCACCCGUCUACCAAGAACCAUUGUAGAUUUUCGAGGCAGGGACUUCGUGUUUCAGGUGCUUGACAAAUACUCUCCCCCAGACCACUAUCUGCCCGAAUCCUACACCUGCUUCUUCCUUCUGAAGAUGCCGAGAUACUCGUGUCAGCGUGUGCUCUGUGAGAAGCUCAAGUACGCUAUCCACUUUUGCAAGUCAAUAGAUUCUGAUGAUUACGCCAGGAUUGACCUGACAGGCGAACAGGCUGAGGAAUACGAUACUGACGUGGAGGCGUUUUAGCUGCAAAUCUUUGAAAAAAAGUUUAAUCAUAAUGCGGUGACUUAACAGCACAUGACCUUUUAAUUUUAUGGUCUCCAUGUAAGAUUCCUUCUUCAAAGCCAGGUAUGGCUUUUAGUGGAUUAAUUGUUGGGAAAAGGAUAAUUUUCUAGAUAAAAAAUUUUAUACCAAAUGUAUUGUCUUCGGCUGAAUGGAGUCACUGAUCGAGGAUAAAAUUUGUAUUACGCUUGGUUCCGCGCUCACAUCUUCCGAAAUUUUUCAAAAUGCUGGUGUAGAUGUUGGAAGAAAAAUUGCGGGCCAUGCUUUGCGCCUGUGCACGGGAGUGUCUGCUGUAACUUAUGUAGAGUUCUACCAUCAGAUUUACUCUACUGUGAUGGUACUUCGACAAUUCAUUGUAUACUCUUGCCCCGAAUGUUUGUGGUGGAGUUAAUAUAAUAUUAAAAAUGUUCCGAGCUCGAGAAUAUUACAAUUUUAGAAAUGGAAUCCUAAGUUAUUAACAUGUGUUAUAUUUUUAAUUAAGUGUAUCAGUGUGUGAAUUGUUUCAUUUAUAGUUACAAUGUUUUUCGUUGUGUUCUCAAAAGAACUAGUGGAAUACAGUGAAGAAUAACAAUAAAUUUGAAUUGUGAAAAUAUAUUUUUUGGAA